CUUCAGCCCGACGGCUAUAUAACCGGGGUAAAGUUAAACCCCUGGUUCGGUUUCGUCCCGAUUCCCAGCUCUUCUGAUUCUGAACGCCUCCAUGCGCAUCUCCUCUUCCCCAUCUCCCCGCCUCCGCCUCCUCCUCCUCCAGACCUAAGCCAUCCUCCCCAUGGAUUCUCGGAGGCGCCCCGCGGGUUUCCUCACGCAGGCCAACGCGCUCCUCCGCAAGAACCUCUGCCUCCAGAAACGGAACCUGAAGACAAACAUUGGCAUCACCAUCUUCCCGAUCCUCAUCUGCGUUCUGCUUCUCGUGCUCCAGAACAUCAUCAACAAUGAGCUCGACAAGCCCAAGUACAACUGCGGUUGCGCCUGCGUCGACACCGACAUGUACGGGACCUGCAGGAAGAGGGAGUGUGGCGUCCAAUACUCGACGCUGGAGCAGGUUUGGAGCUGCGCAAUUCCCAGCCCGCCACGGUGGCCAGCACUGAUUCAGGUUCCCCAGCCUCAGUUCCGGGCUGUCAGAACCGUCUCCCAGCCAUUUGAUGAUUUGCCCGAUCCGUCAUGCCGUGACUCUUUGUCUUGCCCCGCCAGUGUCCUCAUCACUGGGAAGGACCGGGGGUUUGCUGAAAGUGUUGCAGGAGGUCUGUUUCCUGUUUUCGCUCCCACUCUUAAUGUGACAGAUUAUCUUGAUGCUCUCUCCAGGAUAGUUGUUGGUUCAGACACCAUUCCAGGGUAUACACAAUUGGUAGAGCCUGCAUUUUCUUCUUCGGAUACUUUGUAUCUGCUCCAGCCUCAGUGCGUGCCCUUCUUGUCGCAGACCAUUUCAUAUAAUGCCAGGGGCAUACCCCUCCAGCUAAAUAUACAGUGUGUUGAAGGUGUGUUGUUGUGGCGUGAGAGUACAUCAGUUAUCAAUGAUGAAUUAUUAAAGGGUUAUAUACAAAGAGGAGGAAAAACAAACGAGUUUAUUGCAGGUUAUGACUUCUUGAGCUCAACGGAGUAUGGCCUCGGUAUAAACGUUUGGUACAACUCUACCUAUGGCGGUAAAACCGCAUUUUCAUUUAUCGCAGCAUUACGAGUUCCACGCUUGGUGAAUGCUGUAUCCAAUGCAUAUCUCAAAUAUAUCCGAGGACCUGGGAUGGAAGUGCUAUUGGAAUAUGUAAAAGAUAUGCCCAAAGUUGGAACAAGUUAUAGGUUCGACCUCUCUUCUCUUAUCAGUCCGCUAUUCUUCACAUGGAUCGUUGAACUGCUUUUCCCAGUUAUGUUGACGUAUCUGGUGUAUGAGAAGCAACAAAAGUUAAAAAUUAUGAUGAAGAUGCAAGGUCUGAAGGACGGACCUUACUGGAUGAUAUCUUAUGGUUAUUUCUUCGUUCUAUCGGUUGUGUAUAUGACAUUUUUUGUGAUUUUUGGAUCCUUGAUAGGUCUCAAUUUCUUCAGAGUCAAUAACUAUGGCAUACAGAUUGUUUUCUUCUUUGUCUAUAUAAAUUUACAGAUUGCUUUUGCCUUUUUUGUGGCAUCUUUCUUUUCAUCUGUCAAGAUAGCCACAGUGAUUGGUUACAUCUAUGUAUUUGGCUCUGGCUUACUAGGGGCCUUUCUUUUCCGCUUUUUUAUUGAGGACAUAAAUUUUUCCCGUGGUUGGAUAUUAGUUAUGGAGAUUGUACCAGGAUUUUCACUCUAUCGAGGACUGUAUGAGCUUGGUCAAUAUGCAUUCUCUGGAAAUGCUAUGGGAGCCACUGGCAUGAUGUGGGAAAAUUUGAAAGAUCCAAUCAAUGGAAUGCGUGAUAUCUUGAUCGUAAUGACUGUAGAAUGGGCAUUAAUGCUUGUGUUAGCAUUCUAUUUGGAUCAAGUCUCUUCAAUAGGUGGCAGUGUCGGAAACCCCUUACUCUUCUUUAGAUGUCUGCAGAAGAAAUAUGCACCACCAUUACAAAGUAGCUUUGUGCAGCAGAAUCAUAAAGUAGCCGUUGAUAUGGAGAAAGCAGAUGUUGCUCAAGAAAGACAUGUAGUUGAGCAAUUAUUGAUGGAUUCCAAUGCAAACCAAGCUAUCAUCUGUGACAAUCUGAGGAAGGUUUAUCCUGGAAAGGACGGAAACCCAGACAAGCUGGCUGUUCGAGGAUUAUCUUUGGCCCUACCAAAAGGCCAAUGCUUCGGAAUGCUUGGCCCAAAUGGAGCUGGGAAAACAUCAUUCAUUAGUAUGAUGGUUGGACUUACUAAACCUACAUCUGGUACUGCUUAUGCACAUGGAAUGGAUAUAAGGAUGGAUAUGGAUGACAUAUAUACAAAUAUGGGCGUGUGCCCACAGCAUGAGUAUUUACUGCAACUUGUAGCUCAUCUGGCCAUUAGCUUUCUUUCCCACGUCACAUUGUCUUCUCAUGGUAACUGGUCUUGUCUGAAAUGCAGCUUACUUUGGGAAACAUUGACGGGAAAAGAGCAUCUAUUCUUCUAUGCUAGGUUGAAGAAUCUUAAAGGUGCUGCAUUAGUGAAGGCUGUUAAUGAUUCUCUGAAAAGUGUAAAUCUGUUUCAUGGUGGUGUUGGUGAUAAGCAAGUGGGAAAAUACAGCGGAGGCAUGAAAAGAAGGCUCAGUGUGGCAAUAUCAUUAAUCGGAGACCCCAAGGUUGUCUACAUGGAUGAGCCGAGUACAGGACUAGAUCCGGCAUCAAGAAAUAACCUGUGGAACAUUGUGAAGGAGGCUAAGAGAAACCGUGCAAUUAUUCUUACUACACACUCGAUGGAGGAGGCAGAAGUACUUUGUGACCGACUUGGCAUAUUCGUUGAUGGCGAGUUCCAAUGCCUUGGAAACCCUAGAGAGCUGAAGGCAAGAUACGGGGGUGCAUACAUAUUUACAGUGACAACACCUCCAGAACAAGAGUCGGAGAUUGAACAGCUAGUCCAUCGCCUAUCACCAAGUGCAAACAAGAUCUAUAAUCUUUCUGGCACUCAAAAGUUUGAGCUGCCGAAGCAGGAGGUGAGAAUAGCCGAUGUCUUUCAUGCAGUUGAGAGGGCGAAAAGCAGGCUCAGCAUACAUGCCUGGGGUCUCGUUGACACUACCUUGGAGGAUGUCUUCAUCAAGGUUGCCAAGGGAGCACCGGUGUUCAAUGAUGUUGCAUAGAUUGUAACCUGGAGAGUGUCUUCGCCAUGGACGGCCAAGGGACACCCCAAGCAUUCCAUGUGAUUUCGUAGAUAAUCUGACGAGUUCAUAGCAUGUAGGUUCUGUUUGGGUAAAAAUUCAUAGCAUGUAAUUUUUUUUAGGGAAAACAUUAUUCCUACAUGAUUUUUGACGUGGUUCAACUUUUCGAGAGAAGUGCAAAAAAGAAAAAGAAAGAACAGAGACAGAUUCUUGACAAUGCUAUUGCAGAACAGAAUCGUUGGUUGCUUUAGUUUGUCAGAUUUAUUUCCUGAA